AUGAGGAGGGUCAAAGAAAAAGCAAAGAGUUCUGACGAGGAAAGCAGCGCCGAAGAGGAGGGGGCCGGAAACGAGGCUGAAGAAGAUUUCUCGAGGAACAGGAAGAAGAAGAGAGAUACACCCGAAGGGCCUUCAGAGAAGGGUAAUAGACUGAAGAAGAAUCCAAUCAGCAAUGGAGCGAAGCGGGUCAGUAAGGUGAUGGAAAAGUUACUGCCUACGAACAAACAGAAGGAGAAAGAAUGCGACGAAGGUACGGCAGACAGGGGCAGCAAUGAGGGGACGAAGAAGGAUAGCGAGGGUAAAGGGGAGACAAGUAGAGGCGAGGGGAACACCGAAGGUAGCGAAGGGGAUCCGGAGGGAACAAGUCCACAGAGUGGGCAGAAUGCAGAGCCUGGUCACAUACUCCCGCAGUGCCAGCAAAGCGGCCAGCCAAACGAGCGUCCCGCGGCCGCCUGCUUUCUCCCGGGGUACGUUUCCUUGCCGCAGAACGUUCCGCCGAAUCAGUGCGGAAACUUCUUUGGCGGAAACGGAAAUGCUCCCUUGCAGCAGAUUGCUCAGCCCAAUCAGGGCGGGGGUCUCCCCCGAGGGACUGGUCUCGACGCCCCCGCAGUGCACCACGUUGUGAAGAAGCUUCCGAAGCUGACGCAGGCGGAGAGGGGCCGGGACUUUUGGAAGUCCUGCCUAGCAGCGAUGUGUGUGUGCUGCACCUUAGAGGCGUGCGGGGGCGGGGUCAGAAAGAACGAGGAGUCGGACGAUUAG